AGCGGCGGGGCCCACGCGAUGAUCCUGAGCUGAACUCUGAAUCUCUUUCACCAUUCUGUGCUUUCGCAGUUCAAAUCCAACGGAACCUAAAUCAAUCCUCUCGGGCUAAUGAUUUCCAAAUUGAGGCGAGCAGGAUAACACCCGAGAGUCCAAGCCUGCCGAAGUUCGGUUUCAUCCCGAGCGAAACUGCAAAACCCUCUUCCCCUUCCCCUGCGGCCCGCGGGCAAAAUCAGGAGUCAGGACCGAGGCAACGAGCUACGGGCGCCCACCUCUCCACCGAUCUCUCCCUCCUCGAGCGGCUCGCGGGGGCGAUCGGCGAUGGGGGGAUGCUGCUGCUGCUUCCUCGCCCACAAGCCGCCUCGGGAGAACCCGUUGAGCCCGGCCCGCGAGCCGCUCAUCGGGGGCGGAUCGAGCGCUGCCGGCCACCACCACCCGGCCCAGAUGGUCACCUACAGCGAGGGGUUGGGCUCCGCGGAGAGGUUGAGGGCUGGGUUCAGGACGUUUAAGAAGACCAUCUAUGAUAAAAACCCCAUGCUGUUCGGGCCACUCAAGUCUUCCCAGUCCCCAAAGUACAUGGUGUUUGCGUGCUCUGAUUCUCGUGUAUGCCCAUCAGUGACCCUCGACCUGAAACCAGGAGAGGCCUUUACUGUCCGUAACAUUGCCAGCCUGGUUCCGGCCUACCAUCAGAAUAUGCACUCUAGCGUUGCGUCAGCCAUUGAGUUUGCUGUAACCAUUCUCAAGGUUAAGUGCAUUGUGGUUAUCGGUCACAGCUGCUGCGGUGGAAUCAGGGAACUCCUCUCUCUGCAGGAAGAUAGACCUCACACCUACCGCUUCAUUGACGAUUGGGUUAAGAUCGGUCUGGCUAUCAAGAAGAAGGUGGAGCGAGAACAUGCCUUUUUGUCUUUUGAUGACAAAUGCACCAUGUUGGAAAUUGAGGCUGUCAAUUUGUCUCUUAGAAACCUGAAGACCUACCCAUUUGUCAAGGAUAAAUUGGCCAAGGGAUCGCUCAAGUUGAUUGGUGCUCGCUAUGACUUUAUCCAUGGCAGCUUCCAGACGUGGCAUGCGUGACAGCUGAAGUUCUGAAAAUGGCGACGAUGUGUGAUGUAUAUACAAUAGGUAUCGAUGUGGCAUCGCUCAGUGUGCAUGCGCUGGUGUGCUUUGUUUUAAGUUGAACAAGAAGUGCAAAGGGUGCGUUUCUACUGUGCCGUUUGCACUCGGCACUCAUAUUACGGGUGCACUAAUUAUGCUGAGACAUGCCAUGCGAAUUAUUUUA